CUUCAAUAAGCCACAUUGUUGCACGAAACUCCAGCGCAGGAGUUUCCACUGCUAGUACCGCGGUGUCACCAACUGAGAUCUGUGGGCGAGAGCAGCCCGCGUGUGAGCCGGAGAGGUCUGAUCGCCCUAGUGGAGCGGGCCUGCAGUUUUUCCCAAGCAGAGCCUUAGUGAUCCUGUGGCUGAAGUUAGCGCCUUGACGGUGGGAAAACCCCACACGUCGCCGGGAGUGAUUCUUGGGCGCCUAUCUAGCAGUCGUGACUCUCAACACCUGUUUCUAGAGACCCGAGACCCUCCAGCCAGGUGCGCCAUCGCCGCUAGCCUUUUUUUGUGUUCCGCCCGAACUCACCGCUCCCGGCCCCGCCGCCAAACCCGGGUACAAAGCGGUCCGAUCGCGCCGCCUUCCUCCCUCGCACGCGCUCCAGCCUCAGUUUCCCAACUCGCUGCUGUCCGGCCGCGGCAGGAUGAUCGCCUCGCAUCUGCUCGCCUACUUCUUCACGGAGCUCAACCAUGACCAAGUGCAGAAGGUUGACCAGUAUCUCUACCACAUGCGUCUUUCUGAUGAGACCCUCCUGGAGAUCUCUAAGCGGUUCCGCAAGGAGAUGGAGAAAGGGCUUGCAGCCACCACCCACCCUACUGCUUCCGUGAAAAUGCUGCCCACCUUUGUGAGGUCCACUCCAGACGGGACAGAACACGGAGAGUUCCUGGCUCUGGACCUUGGAGGGACCAACUUCCGUGUGCUUCGGGUCAGAGUAACAGACAAUGGGCUCCAGAAGGUUGAGAUGGAGAACCAGAUCUACGCCAUCCCCGAGGACAUCAUGCAAGGCAGUGGCACCCAGCUGUUUGACCACAUUGCCGGAUGCCUGGCCAACUUCAUGGAUAAGCUACAAAUCAAAGACAAGAAGCUCCCCUUGGGUUUUACCUUCUCAUUCCCCUGCAUCCAAACAAAACUAGACGAGAGUUACCUGGUCUCGUGGACCAAGGGGUUCAAGUCCAGGGGUGUGGAAGGGAGAGACGUGGUCACUCUGAUCCGGAAGGCCAUCCAGAGGAGAGGGGACUUUGAUAUUGAUAUCGUGGCCAUGGUGAAUGACACAGUUGCGACCAUGAUGACCUGUGGUUACGAUGACCAGAACUGCGAGAUUGGUCUCAUUGUGGGAAUGGGCAGCAAUGCCUGCUACAUGGAAGAGAUGCGCCACAUCGACACGGUGGAGGGCGACGAGGGGCGAAUGUGUAUCAACAUGGAGUGGGGGGCCUUUGGGGAUGAUGGCACGCUCGACGACAUCCGCACCGAGUUUGACAAGGAGAUCGACAUGGGCUCCCUGAACCCCGGACAGCAACUGUUUGAGAAGAUGAUCAGUGGGAUGUACAUGGGGGAACUGGUGAGGCUUAUCCUGGUGAAGAUGGCCAAGGAGGAGCUGCUUUUCAGGGGGAACCUCAGCCCGGAACUCCUUGCCACUGGCCGCUUUGAGACCAAAGACGUUUCAGAAAUUGAAGGGGAGAAGGAUGGCAUCCAGAAGGCCCGUGAGGUCCUGGUGCGGCUGGGCAUGGACCCGACACAGGAGGACUGCGUGGCCACUCACCGGAUCUGCCAGAUCGUGUCCACGCGCUCAGCCAGUCUGUGCGCGGCCACCCUGGCGGCUGUGCUGCAGCGCAUCAAGGAGAACAAGGGCGAGGAGCGGCUGCGCUCCACCAUUGGGGUCGAUGGCUCUGUCUACAAGAAACACCCCCAUUUCGCCAAACGUCUUCAGAAGACUGUGCGGCGCCUGGUGCCCAACUGUGACAUCCGCUUCCUCUGCUCCGAGGACGGCAGUGGCAAGGGGGCAGCCAUGGUGACGGCAGUGGCUUACCGGCUGGCCUACCAACACCGAGCCCGCCUGAAGACCCUGGAGCCUCUGAAGCUGAGCCACGAGCAGCUGCUAGAGGUCAAGAGAAGGAUGAAGGUAGAAAUGGAGCGAGGUCUGAGCAAGGAGACUCACGCCAGUGCCCCCGUCAAGAUGCUACCCACCUAUGUGUGUGCCACCCCUGAUGGCACAGAGAAAGGUGACUUCCUGGCCUUGGACCUUGGCGGUACCAAUUUCCGGGUCCUGCUGGUGCGCGUGCGGAAUGGGAAGCGGCGUGGAGUGGAGAUGCACAACAAGAUCUACUCCAUCCCACAGGAUAUCAUGCACGGCACAGGGGACGAGCUCUUCGACCACAUCGUCCAGUGCAUCGCCGACUUCCUUGAGUACAUGGGCAUGAAGGGCGUGUCCCUGCCCCUGGGUUUCACCUUCUCCUUCCCCUGCCAGCAGAACAGACUGGACGAGAGCAUCCUGCUCAAGUGGACUAAAGGCUUCAAGGCGUCCGGCUGCGAGGGCGAGGACGUGGUCACCCUGCUGAAGGAAGCCAUCCACCGGCGCGAGGAAUUUGACCUGGACGUGGUCGCUGUGGUGAACGACACGGUUGGGACUAUGAUGACCUGUGGCUAUGAAGACCCUCACUGUGAAGUCGGCCUCAUUGUUGGCACGGGGAGCAACGCCUGCUACAUGGAGGAGAUGCGGAACGUGGAGCUGGUGGAAGGGGAAGAGGGGCGGAUGUGUGUCAACACGGAGUGGGGGGCCUUCGGGGAUAAUGGAUGCCUAGACGACUUCUGUACGGAAUUUGAUGUGGCUGUGGAUGAGCUUUCCCUUAACCCUGGCAAACAGAGGUUCGAGAAAAUGAUGAGUGGCAUGUACUUGGGCGAGAUUGUCCGUAACAUCCUCAUCGAUUUCACCAAGCGUGGGCUGCUCUUCCGUGGCCGCAUCUCAGAGCGGCUCAAGACAAGGGGAAUCUUUGAAACCAAGUUCCUGUCUCAGAUUGAGAGUGACUGCCUGGCCCUGCAGCAGGUCCGCGCCAUCUUGCAGCACCUGGGGCUCGAGAGCACCUGUGACGACAGCAUCAUCGUCAAGGAGGUGUGCACCGUGGUGGCGCAGCGGGCAGCCCAGCUCUGUGGUGCAGGCAUGGCAGCUGUGGUGGAUAAAAUACGAGAAAACCGUGGGCUGGACACCCUCAAAGUGACAGUGGGCGUGGACGGGACCCUCUACAAGCUACAUCCUCACUUUGCCAAAGUCAUGCGUGAGACGGUGAAGGACCUGGCUCCAAAAUGUGACGUGUCCUUCCUGGAGUCAGAGGACGGCAGCGGGAAGGGGGCGGCUCUCAUCACUGCUGUUGCCUGCCGCAUCCGCGAGGCUGGGCAGCGAUAGAGUCCCUGAAAUCAGAAGGGACUUCCUCCGGUUCCCCCUCUUCCCUGCUUUAAAUUAUAAGAUGCCAACCCCGAUGUCAGAGACAGACCCCUUAGCUUUUCCUUGGCAGAGAGGACCCUAUCGGAUUGGGUUUUAUCUCGGUGUAUACUCAACUGUAGAGUUCGGUGCCCAAGCCUUGGUCUUCCUGAGAUCAAUACAGUUUGAAGUAAGGA